AUGGACGCCAAGAACGAGCCGACGGUCCAAUAUGAUGACAAGCAGAGAGCCGACCAGUUUGAAGAUGCGAAGGUGGCCGCAACAGCUGCGCUGCCAACAUCGCAAGCCAACGAGAAGCUUACUUUCAGCGAUCUGUGGGAGAACAAGCGCGUUCUGGGCUUCUGCUUGAUGAUCUACCUUUUGCCCAUUAACUUUGGUUACGAAGUCUCGACCAUCGGAAAGCUCCUCGCUGUAACCCCUUUUGCUCAACGUUUCGGCCACGAAAUCAACGGAAAAUGGCAAGUUGCCGCUCGGGACCAGCAGAUCCUCAGUGCCGCGGGCACGAUCGGAAUCUUCGUCUCGGCAUUCGCAACAGGCUUCAUUAGCGAUAUCUUUGGCCGGAAGAAGACCAUUGGCCUCGCUUGCUUGAUUUGCUGCGGUGGCACGAUUCUUCAAUACUUUGCUUCAACUAUCAUGAUGCUUUUCGGCGGCAAGGUCGUUGCAACUUUUGGAUUCGGUCUAGGUCACUCCUUGGGGCCUGUCUUUGUUGCCGAGGUGUUUGCCUGCUGGCUUCUCAUCAAGGGUCGUCGUGAAGAAGCCGCCAAAUCAUACAAAAGAUUCAAUGGGCCCAGCUUCGACGUGGAUGCCGCGUUGGCGAUCGCCACUGUUGCCAUUGCCAAAGAGCAAGAGGCCAAAAAGGAACAGGAGUCAGCUCGCUGGGUUGACUGUUUGAAGGGAGUCAACGGCAGGCGCACAGCAAUUAUUGUGAUGGUCUAUCUCUCUCAGCAAGCCAUUGGUGUGAACUUUGUUUCGGGCUACCUCACAUACUACUUUCGCUUGGCUGGAAUUAACAAUCCGCUUGCAAUCGGCCAGGCAGCCUACGCAAUUCAGUUCGUCGGCAACAUGACUUCCUGGCCACUUGUGGAUCGAUAUGGAAGACGCCCGUUGAUCGUGGGCGGCGUAUUCACCAUGACAGCCCUUUUGCUUCUCAUUGGCGGUAUCAGCACCAUCGGCAACCAAGCCUCACUCACCGCAACGGUCGCUUUCAUGAUCAUUUGGGGAUACUUAUAUCAGGCAACUUUGGGUGCGGUUGCGUACUCUGUCGGAGGAGAAACUGCCAGCAUCAAUAUCAUGUGCUCGACCGCGGCGUCCUGCUUAGUAUUGCAGGUGAUGCCCUACCUGCUGAAUACAGACCAGGCCAACCUGGGCGGUAAGAUUUGCUUCAUCUUCUUCGGCCUAUCGUUGCCCAUGUGCGCAUGGCUUUACCUGUACUUCCCCGAGAUGAAGGGUCGCAACUACGCCGAGAUUCAAGAAAUGUUUAGCAAUCGCGUGCCGGCCCGCAAGUUCAAGUCUUAUGUUUGUGAGGUCAGCGCUGGGGGCCAAGAGGAGAAGAAGCUUCAAGACGAAGCAUGA